UUAUGAAUCUGCUACCCCCUCUUUCUAUGCAGAAUUUCCCCGACCUUCGCUGAUGCAUACUCAAAUAUGGGAAACACACUGAAAGAGAUGCAGGACAUUCCAGGUGCUCUGCAGUGCUACACCAGAGCCAUUCAGAUAAACCCAGCAUUUGCCGAUGCACAUAGCAAUCUGGCAUCGAUCCACAAGGAUUCUGGAAACAUCCCGGAAGCUAUUGCCUCAUACCGUAUGGCGUUGAAGUUGAAGCCAAAUUUCCCAGAUGCCUACUGCAACCUUGCUCACUGUCUUCAGAUUGUCUGUGACUGGACAGACUAUGAAGCUCGCAUGAAAAAACUUGUAGCGAUAGUAGCAGAACAGCUGGAAAAGAACCGUCUCCCUUCAGUACAUCCACAUCACAGCAUGCUGUACCCGUUGUCGCACGACUUCCGCAAGGCAAUUGCAGCGAGACAUGCACAGCUUUGCGUUGAGAAGGUAUGUGUACUACACAAGCAACCAUACAAGUACCCAAAGGCAAUUAAUGGAAGGCUGCGCAUUGCCUAUGUUAGUUCUGACUUCUGCAAUCAUCCCACCUCACAUCUGAUGCAGAGUAUUCCUGGAUUCCACAAUAGAGGUACCAUUGAGGUGUUUUGCUACUCCUUGAGUCCAGAUGACAACACAACCUUUAGAGCAAAGAUUGCAAAUGAAGCAGAACACUUCGUUGAUCUAUCUGCGCUUCCAGACAACGGGAAAGCAGCUGAUCGCAUCAACACGGAUGGCAUCCACAUUCUUGUUAACAUGAAUGGGUACACUAAGGGUGCCAGAAAUGAGAUAUUUGCUCUUCGCCCUGCUCCAAUUCAGGUAAUGUGGCUUGGCUACCCUGGUACAAGUGGAGCGCCCUUCAUGGACUACCUUGUCACUGAUAAGGUCACCUCACCACUGGAGCUUGCCAGCCAAUACUCGGAAAAGCUGGCUUACAUGCCGCACACGUUCUUCAUUGGCGACCACAUGCAGAUGUUUCCGCACAUGAUCGAGCGCGUGCUCAUCGACAACAAGGAUAGCCCGACCGUCAGUGACAAUGUCUCCAUCAUGAAUGCUACAGAUCUGACGCCGAUAAUUGAUCAGGCACCUGAGGUCAAGAAAAUUGUCACGCCAGUUGUAACAAAGGAUGGGAGAAGUGUCAAUGACAUAUUAGAAAUGCAUGUGAUCGAGCUGCCUACAACCACAGCUGUGGAGACCAUGCUUCAAACGGGCCAGGCCCAUACCUCAAUCAAUGGAGUUGUGGUGCAGAACGGCCUUAUGACUAAUCAGACUAACAGCAAGACGGCAACGGGUGAAGAGGUGCCAAAGAAUAUAUUGAUUACCUCUCGUCAGCAGUACAACUUGCCUGAGAAUGCAGUCGUCUACUGCAACUUCAAUCAGCUGUAUAAGCUAGACCCAGAUACCCUCCAAAUGUGGGCUAAUAUCCUGAAGCGUGUUCCGAACGGUGUGAUCUGGCUUCUGCGCUUCCCGGCCGUCGGCGAGCCGCACGUUCUCAAUGCGAUCCACAACAUGGGCCUCGCAGCGAACCGCAUCAUCUUUUCGUCGGUGGCGCCAAAGGAGGAGCACGUCCGCCGUGGCCAGCUUGCUGACGUCUGCCUCGACUCACCUUUGUGUAACGGACACACGACGGGCAUGGACAUCCUCUGGGCUGGAACGCCGAUGGUCACGCUACCUGCCGAGACGCUAGCGUCAAGAGUUGCUGCGUCGCAGCUUAUGGCACUUGGUUGUCCUGAAUUGGUGGCCAAGUCUAAGAAGGAAUACGAAGAUAUAUCUGUCAAACUAGGCACAGACCCACACUAUUUGAAGUCCAUGAGAGCUAAGGUGUGGCAGCUGCGGCUACAGGCACCACUGUUCAAUUGCCAGCACUACACAAGCGACCUCGAACGUCUCUUCCGGCUCAUGUGGGGCAAGUUUGAAAAGGGAGAGGCUGUUGACCACAUCACCGAGUUAGCAGCAUAAGGUGUCUUGUUAUGUGCGUGUGUGCACACUUGUCAUUUGCUACCUUGUCGCACCUAUCACACCGAAACUCGCAGUUCCUACUGUUGUUCUUUUCACUUGUGUCCGGUUAAUGAUGAUAAUUGUCUGUGGAGCACGAAUGCAUUUCAUUUUACAUAGUAAUAAUGGGUUUCAAUUAUUAUUGUAUGAGCAUCUUUACUGAUGCCUUGGUUAUCCUUUAGUACCAGAAACGAUAUAACAGUUAAGAAAACGUUUUCUUUUGUAUGUAGUUAUAACAUGGGUUUAUAUCACAUAGACAUAAGCUGCGUUCACACGAGGAUUUCAGUACCGUACUGAGCGUUCACACGGUAAAAAUAUUCAAGACUUAUACG